AUGGUCCUUAAACCUAAAUCGAAGAAAGGAUCACACAAGGCAAGUGAGAAUUCAUCUCAAUGGCCCUUAGGGAUCCCUCCCUUAAGUUCUACCAAGAAAUAUAUAACGACGAAAUAUCUAUGGAUUAGAGUCGGUAGUAUAUUUACAGGGUUUUGCAUAUUGUUAUACGUUUUUUCCAAAUUCUUUAACCCAAGAGAUAAUACAUCAUCUAAUAAUUAUCCAGCGGUACAUGGACUAUACAUGAAUGAAUUAGCUGCAUCAAGCCGUUUGAUUUUUCCUCACGUUGAACAUGCCACAAUUUUAAAAGAAAUUGGUAUUAGAGGUUUAUACGUGUUUAGAGCAGAUAUUGAUGGGACCAAACAAUAUGUCUUGAAAGCUGACGAUAAACCCUUGACGGAUGAAGAGAAAAAGAAGAGUACAGAUCAAGUUUAUUUAGUCAAGAAAUCAUUUUUGGACCACGGUAAGUUGGUAUACCGUAAGAAAUCAGAUGAACCUGAGAUUGUCAUCGUUACAUUAGUUGAUUUUGAAAGGUACGAUUUGGAAAAUAUUGUUAAAGUUGUUCAAAAUAGAGUUGACUAUGCUCAAAUUCAUAGAUAUGGUGUUUAUGUCCGUUGGAUUCAAGAAUUUUUACCUGUUAUGAGCAAUCAAGACAUGGAUACAAAUUAUGAUUUUUAUAAAGCUUUAGUCAUGAGAGCAGCAUUACAUGCAUUUCCACGUACCAAGAGUUUCUUAUUCAUUGACCAAGAUUCUUUGAUCAUGAACUUAAAUCUAUCUUUAAAAAAGCAUCUAUUAGAUAAAAAUAUUCUUGAUUUAGCAUUAUUAAGAAACGUCCCAAUAAAACCAGGUUCAAAUGUUAGAACAUAUGACCAUAUAGACUUCAAUGCUGUCAGUAUGGUAAUUCCACAAGAUGAGAACGGUAUCCUUGAUUUAUCUUCAUUUGUAGUAUCAAAUGAUUACUACAGUAAGGCAUUCCUUGAAUUUUUAAUAGAUCCAAUAGUAAGAGAUUACGGUUGGCAAGAAUCCUUCCCAUCAGUUGUUGCACAUGUCUUGCAAUGGCAUCCACAAUUGUUAUCAAAGACUGCAAUAGUAGUACCGAAGGUCAUGGCAAGUGAAUUCGACGAUACAAGAUCGGAAGAUGAAGUUGAUGCCUUCCAUUACACCGAAGGUGAUCUAGUCGCAUCCUUCAAGGGUUGUAGAGUAGCUGGAACGUGUGCCAAGUAUAUCAACAACAUGUAUGCUAGAACAAAGAAAACUUAG